GGGGGCAGCCCCACCUCCUGCCCGGCUCCCCGCCCCAUGCUCCGCCUGCUGCGGAAGGCGGCGCAGCCCGACAUCCAUGUCCGGGAGCACGGGCAGGCGCAGUCCAGGUGCCCGGAAGUUUUUCAUUCCAUACACUUACAGCCCUAGUAACUGAAGCUGUUGGUCUGUGAUGACAACCAUUUCUGACCUUCCAGAAGAUGUGCUGGUGGAGUUGCUUUCCAUGCUCCCAGCCCAGGACCUGAUCUGCGCCUGCAGACUGGUCUGCACCCAGUGGCGAUACGUGGUGGAUCUAACCACCCUAUGGAAGCGGAAGUGCCAGCGGGAGGGGUUUCAUACUCAGAAUUCGGACAGAAGCAUCUCUGAUUGGAAGAUCUUCUAUAUGCUCUGCAACUUGAAGAGAAACUUGAUCAAAAAUCCCUGCGCUGAAGAGAGUUUUUGGCACUGGAAACUUGAUAAUAACGAGGGAGAUAGAUGGAGGAUUGAGGAGCUGCCUGGACCUCUUGGGAGAGAGAUGCCAGAUCCAAAAGUACACAAGUAUUUUGUCACUUCGUUUGGGCCAUGCUUCAAGUCUCAACUUAUUACCUUGAAGAAUGAAGGAUACUGGAAUGAGCUGAUGGAUGAGAAACGGCCUGAAAUUGUAGUCAAGGACUGGUAUGCUGCCAGGUUUGACUGUGGGUGCCGUUACGAAAUUACCGUGAGGCUGCUCUCUGAAGAUUAUAUCGUCCUGGAGGAGUUCCACCCUGAGCCCGUGGUUAUAGAGCAGUGGAGUGAUGCGAUGUGGAGAGAGAUUUCUCACACCUUCCACAAUUACCCAGCUGGAGUUCGUUACAUCUGGUUUCAACAUGGAGGCCAAGACACCCAAUUCUGGGCAGGAUGGUAUGGGAUCAGAGUGACAAACAGCAGCAUCACCAUUGGGCCCUGGACGUUAUUAUGAAGACACCAUAUAAAUGUUUUUUUACCUCAGGAUUGUAACCAGGUGGACUCAGGUGCACUUAUAUUUGUACUCUCUGGGUGUGUGUCCUGGCUUUGUCUUGCGUGGUUGAUCUGGAAUACAAGCAGCUAGCUCUCCUUGUUCACAGCAGGACUUCUGCAGGCCCAGCCCUUUGGAAGGACUUCUGUCUUCACCUUUCCUCCUCCUGCACCAUGGAUGUUAGUGCAAUUCCUAGUGUCUUUCCAUAGGACAAAGCCUAGGACAAUUAAAUAUGACAUCUGUCUUUUGUAGUAAUAAUGUUUGGCUGUAGCACAAAGAUGCAAGUCUUAAGAAAUGGAAACCCUUUCUGGUUUGUCUAUAGAAUUUAUGAAAGCUAGGGCUAAAAUAUUUUAGUUCAGAUUAUGACCCUGUUUUUAAGGGCUCUGCUAUGGAGACACUUGUUUUGUAUAGUAUUUUCCUGUUUCAGUUUAAUUGUGUGUAUAAACAUGUCUUUCACAUCAGACCUCUUUGAUAGUACAAGGAAACUGUCAAGCCUUUUUAGUAAGUGCUGUCUUGCUGAUGCUUACAGAAGUUGUAACAAAUUACGUAUAUUUGAGCAAAAUGAUGUCUUACCUGUCCACAUACUGCCCACAUUUAUUUGAAUAAAUAGGGAAAGAGGAGGUAAGGAAUCCCUUACAGGUGGGUACCUUACAACCUAAGUGCCUUUUACAAGCUGGAACUUGACUGUGCUUGGCUUUUUCCUUGCUAUCUUUGUACUACCAAAGCACUUGGCUUGUACUAAACAGUUUAACACCAUAUAAAAAGUUAAAGCAGCAAAUGA